AUGGAGACCACUCGAAUCGACAUCGCCACCAGAAAGAUGGUUUCCAGGUUUAUGUCGAUGCCUCCUGAACUGGAGAUUGGAGAUUUGGAGAUUCAAGAAUCAGAUCCCAGGUACACCGCUGCGAAAGAUAUACCAGCACCAAAGAUCGUGGACUUUACAGACGAGUAUCGAAGCUACUAUCCAGAAUUAACAGCACGCAGCCAAGGAGUCAUCACUGAGUCCAUUAAAACUAGCCAGCCGAUCACCUUUUACGACCUGGCGCAGAACAAAGGGAUCUCAAAUAAGCAACCGAAGGCUUCGCGCGAUCAGAAGGACAGCGGUGAAUCAGUUGUACCUGGCCAGAAAAAAAAAGCAACGCCUGCUCAGAAGGAAAACCCCAUCGUCAAGGCCGUACCAAGAAACAUUGGGGAUACAACAGAAAAGAAUGAUGAAGUCGGGGUCUCAACUAGCCAGCAACAAGGCAAUAUGCCUCCUCAAAAUAAGAAUGUCGUUAUGCCAGUCACAAUUCAUAGCCCACAGCAAGAUACCACACCUGCACAGGAGAAUGGCGAUGAGACAUCAGCCUCAAUCAUCCAGAACGAGAAUACCACAGCUGCGGAAACACAUUUUCUCCCAGAGACACCAGCGAAUACGGAGCCUGUGGCACCAGAGACAUGGAACAUUGACAAUGUUGUUGGUAUCUUGUCUCUACAGAGCAAGAAGAGACUAUGCUCCGCGCCCGAAAGUUCCCCAAAACGCGCCAAAUUUGAUGGCCAUGAAAUAUUGGAAAAGGUCAAUGAGCAAGCCGGAAUCAUCCAGCAAGCUAUGGACAAGUUACAGUGCAACCAGGAUAGCAAGCUUCAGGAAGUGCGCGAAGCUGUUGAACAGAAUAAGCAGGCUCUGGAAGACAUGCGAAGUGAACUACGUAAGUUCAUGUCGGUAGUCGCGUCGACGCUUCGAGAUAUCCAAGAGCGUCUAGAGGAGUGA